AUGCGCUUGCUCUUAAUACUUCUAGUAAUAGGCACAAGUUGGGCAGGGACACUACGUAAUGGCUGCCCCAUUGAUUUUAGUGUACAUCGCUUGUUAAGACACGCAAGCGAUUGUACCAAGUUCUAUUCAUGCAGCAAUGGAACGCCAAUUUUGAUGUCCUGCGGGCCUGGUACUGCGUUUGACUUCGAACUUCAGACAUGCAAUUGGCCAUAUCUUGUUGAUUGUUCAAAUCCAACGACUACAUCAAAACCAACUACAGAACAGCCGACAGCAACUACAGAAAAGCCAACAACGACCACAGAUAAUCCAACAACAACCACAGAUAAGCCAACAACAACCACAGAUAAGCCAACAACAACCACCACAGAAAAAUCAACAACACCCGAAGAAGUGACAACAGAAGAGGCUACAACACGAACUCUACCAACAACUUCUACAACACCGAUUGUACCGCCAACUCCACAGGAAUGUCCAUACGAUGUUGAAUUUGGUUUCUCGGAAAAUUCGGACUGUGAAAAAUUUAAACACUGUUCUGAUUAUAUCAAAUUAAAGCUCAACUGUCCUAUAAGCAUACAGAGAAACAACUAUUCGAUGUUCUUGGAAAUUAAUUAUGCCAAGAAGGACGUUAAAGAAUGCAUCUUCAAAGACACUUUGGAUUGUUCCGAAAACGAUCACAACUAUAUUGACAGUGGGGGGACGGAUUGUCUGGCUGAUGAGCCUCACGAAACUGACUGCAAGAACUAUUACCGCUGCGAGAACGGUAAUAAAGUCCUCAGCAGCUGUGAACCGGGAUUCCGGUUCAACCCUGAAACACGGGUUUGCGACUAUGCAGCGAAAGUCGAGUGUAAGCAUGGGAUCAACAAGAGGUCAAUAUCUCUUCAGGCACGAUGCCCCACCAAUUCGUGGACUCAGAUGAACAUACCCCAUGAGACAGACUGCGCCAAAUAUUACCGAUGUCUGAAUGGAAAUAAAAUAUUAAUGAUGUGCUUUAAUGGAAUGCAUUACAAUGCGAGAACACAGAGCUGUGACACAGCACACAACGCCGGUUGUGCGUCAGGAAUAAAUAAACCUGAAAAUGAUUGUCCAGUUGACACGUUUAUACCCAAGUAUUUACCCCACGAAUCCGACUGCGGAAAAUAUUACGAAUGUUUCCGGGGAAACAAAAGAUUGCAGUGGUGCAUGAAGGGAAAGCAUUUUAAUUCUAAAACUCAGGAAUGCGACACAAUAGCAAGAGCCGGUUGUCAAAAGGACGAAUCUAAUGACGGAAAUGUUUUACCAAACGGUUGUCCGAGAGAUGGCAGUAAAGUCAAGAUGUUAGCACACGAAACGGAAUGUGAUAGGUACUACGAGUGUGUAUAUGGGAACAAAAUACUGUUGCCGUGCGAUCCGGGGAAACAUUUUAGCUACCAACUACAGCGAUGUGACCGCCCCGACGUAGCUAAGUGUGGCAUCUCUGAACUGUACCCAACAACGGUACAGCCAGUACGGGAAACACCCAGACCGGGGUAUUUUCCUAAUGGGUGUCCAAGAAACUACAGGAUCGAGCAGCUUUUACCUCACCCCAAUUGCAAUAAGUUCUAUCAAUGCGUGCAUGGAACUAAACAAGAAAUGCCCUGUCCAGGAGGAUUACAUUUUAGUUAUGCACUACAGCGCUGCGAGUGGCCACGUAUUGCCGGUUGUGUACCGGGGUCUACAACAACAAGACUUCCAACGCCUCCAUCAUCAUCAACAACAACAAGACGACCACCAUCACCGACAACAACAACAACAAGGCGACCACCACCUACUACAACACUCAGGACUACCAGCACUACGUCAACAUCAAAACCUCCAAGCACCUCUAAUCCAGAUUACUUCCCGAACGGGUGUCCAAAGGACUAUAGAAUUGAACAGUUGCUGCCUCAUCCUGACUGUACCAAGUUCUACCAGUGCGUACAUGGAGGCAAACAAGAGAUGCCAUGUGCUCCUGGAACUCACUUCAGUUUUGCUCUGCAGCGAUGCGACUGGCCCAGUGUUGCUGGUUGCGUACCAGGAUCUACAACAACAACGACAACCACUCAACUACCAACGACAACAUCAAGCAGUACAAGUUCAUCAACAAAUCUUCCGACAACAACAACAUCAACUACUACAAGUUCGACAACAAAUGAUCCAACAACAGCGUCUACACCUACCACACCGAAACCUGGCUUAUUACCAAAUGGAUGCCCAGAGGAUUUUAGCGUACAUAUGUUGUUACCACACGAAUAUGAUUGUACUAAAUUCUAUUAUUGUAACUUCGGUGCGAAAGUCGAACGGGAAUGCAGUUCGGGCCUAUAUUUUGAUCCCGUUUUACAGGUGUGUAAUUGGCCAUGGAAUGUUAAUUGUACCUCAACUACAACAUCAUCCAGUACCACAAAACCAACAACACCACCAUUCACAACAACUUCUGCUGCAACCAGUACAGACAUAACAAUAUCUUCAGAAGCAACGACAUCUAAAGUAACAUCAACAGAAUCAUCUACGACUGAGAGGACGUCUCCAGAUAUUACAACAACUGAUGAAAGUACAUCACAAUUUACAACUGAUGGAAAAACACCCACGAUAACGACGAUAACAGACACAACGACGGAUCUGACGACUACUGAAAGAACAACCCCAGAUCUAACAACAACUGAGUCGCCAGCCCCAGACACAACUACGGAUAGUGAAACUACGCCGGAUCUGACGACUACUGAAAGGACAACCCCAGAUCUAACAACAACUGAGUCGCCAGCCCCGGAUACAACUACGGAUAGUGAAACUACGCCAGGUCUAUCGACUACUGAAGGGACAACCCCAGAUCUAACAACAACUGAGUCGCCAGCCCCGGAUACAACUACGGAUAGUGAAACUACGCCGGAUCUGACGACUACUGAAGGGACAACCCCAGAUCUAACAACAACUGAGUCGCCAGCCCCAGACACAACUACGGAUAGUGAAACUACGCCGGAUCUGACGACCACUGAAGGGACAACCCCAGAUCUAACAUCAACUGAGUCGCCAGCCCCAGACACAACUACGGAUAGUGAAACUACGCCGGAUCUGACGACGACUGAAGGAACAACCCCAGAUCUAACAACAACUGAGUCGCCAGCCCCAGACACAACUACGGAUAGUGAAUCUACGCCGGAUAUGACGACUACUGAAGGAACAACCCCAGAUCUAUCAACAACUGAGUCGCCAGCUCCAGACACAACUACGGAUAGUGAAACUACGCCAGGUCUAUCGACUACUGAAGGGACAACCCCAGAUCUAACAACAACUGAGUCGCCAGCCCCGGAUACAACUACGGAUAGUGAAACUACGCCGGAUCUGACGACUACUGAAGGAACAACCCCAGAUCUAUCAACAACUGAGUCGCCAGCCCCAGACACAACUACGGAUAGUGAAACUACGCCGGAUCUAUCGACUACUGAAGGGACAACCCCAGAUCUAACAACAACUGAGUCGCCAGCUCCAGACACAACUACGGAUAGUGAAUCUACGCCGGAUCUGACGACUACUGAAGGGACAACCCCAGAUCUAUCAACAACUGAGUCGCAAGCCCCAGACACAACUACGGAUAGUGAAACUACGCCGGAUCUGACGACCACUGAAGGGACAACCCCAGAUCUUACAACAACUGAGUCAUCAGCCCCAGAUACAACUACGGAUAGUGAAACUACGCCGGAUCUGACGACUACUAAAGGGACAACCCCAGAUCUAUCAACAACUGAGUCGCAAGCCCCAGACACAACUACGGAUAGUGAAACUACGCCGGAUCUGACGACCACUGAAGGGACAACCCCAGAUCUUACAACAACUGAGUCAUCAGCCCCAGAUACAACUACGAAUAGUGAAACUACGCCGGAUCUGUCAACUACUGAAGGGACAACCCCAGAUCUAACAACAACUGAGUCGCCAGCACCAGACACAACUACGGAUAGUGAAACUACGCCGGAUCUGACGACUACUGAAGGGACAACCCCAGAUCUAACAACAACUGAGUCGUCAGCCCCUGAUACAACUACGGAUAGUGAAACUACGCCAGAUCUAUCGACUACUGAAGGGACAACCCCAGAUCUAACAACAACUGAGUCGCCAGCCCCAGACACAACUACGGGUAGUGAAUCUACGCCGGAUCUGACGACUACUGAAGGGACAACCCCAGAUCUAUCAACAACUGAGUCGCAAGCCCCAGACACAACUACGGAUAGUGAAACUACGCCGGAUCUGACGACUACUGAAGGAACAACCCCAGAUCUAACAACAACUGAGUCGCCAGCCCCAGACACAACUAAGGAUAGUGAAUCUACGCCGGAUAUGACGACUACUGAAGGAACAACCCCAGAUCUAUCAACAACUGAGUCGCCAGCCCCAGACACAACUACGGAUAGUGAAACUACGCCAGGUCUAUCGACUACUGAAGGGACAACCCCAGAUCUAACAACAACUGAGUCGCCAGCCCCAGACACAACUACGGAUAGUGAAACUACGCCGGAUCUGACGACUACUGAAGGGACAACCCCAGAUCUAACAACAACUGAGUCGUCAGCCCCUGAUACAACUACGGAUAGUGAAACUACGCCGGAUCUGACAACUACUGAAGGGACAACCCCAGAUCUUACAACAACUGAGUCGCCAGCCCCAGACACAACUACGGAUAGUGAAUCUAUGCCGGAUCUGACGACCACUGAAGGGACAACCCCAGAUCUAUCAACAACUGAGUCGCAAGCCCCAGACACAACUACGGAUAGUGAAACUACGCCGGAUCUGACGACCACUGAAGGGACAACCCCAGAUCUUACAACAACUGAGUCGUCAGCCCCUGAUACAACUACGGAUAGUGAAACUACGCCAGAUCUAUCGACUACUGAAGGGACAACCCCAGAUCUAACAACAACUGAGUCGCCAGCCCCAGACACAACUACGGGUAGUGAAUCUACGCCGGAUCUGACGACUACUGAAGGGACAACCCCAGAUCUAUCAACAACUGAGUCGCAAGCCCCAGACACAACUACGGAUAGUGAAACUACGCCAGGUCUAUCGACUACUGAAGGGACAACCCCAGAUCUAACAACAACUGAGUCGCCAGCCCCAGACACAACUACGGAUAGUGAAACUACGCCAGGUCUAUCGACUACUGAAGGGACAACCCCAGAUCUAACAACAACUGAGUCGCCAGCCCCAGACACAACUACGGAUAGUGAAACUACGCCGGAUCUGACGACUACUGAAGGAACAACCCCAGAUCUAACAACAACUGAGUCGCCAGCCCCAGACACAACUAAGGAUAGUGAAUCUACGCCGGAUAUGACGACUACUGAAGGAACAACCCCAGAUCUAUCAACAACUGAGUCGCCAGCCCCAGACACAACUACGGAUAGUGAAACUACGCCAGGUCUAUCGACUACUGAAGGGACAACCCCAGAUCUAUCAACAACUGAGUCGCAAGCCCCAGACACAACUACGGAUAGUGAAACUACGCCGGAUCUGACGACUACUGAAGGGACAACCCCAGAUCUAACAACAACUGAGUCGUCAGCCCCUGAUACAACUACGGAUAGUGAAACUACGCCGGAUCUGACAACUACUGAAGGGACAACCCCAGAUCUUACAACAACUGAGUCGCCAGCCCCAGACACAACUACGGAUAGUGAAUCUAUGCCGGAUCUGACGACCACUGAAGGGACAACCCCAGAUCUAUCAACAACUGAGUCGCAAGCCCCAGACACAACUACGGAUAGUGAAACUACGCCGGAUCUGACGACCACUGAAGGGACAACCCCAGAUCUUACAACAACUGAGUCGUCAGACCCUGAUACAACUACGGAUAGUGAAACUACGCCAGAUCUAUCGACUACUGAAGGGACAACCCCAGAUCUAACAACAACUGAGUCGCCAGCCCCAGACACAACUACGGGUAGUGAAUCUACGCCGGAUCUGACGACUACUGAAGGGACAACCCCAGAUCUAUCAACAACUGAGUCGCAAGCCCCAGACACAACUACGGAUAGUGAAACUACGCCAGGUCUAUCGACUACUGAAGGGACAACCCCAGAUCUAACAACAACUGAGUCGCCAGCCCCAGACACAACUACGGAUAGUGAAACUACGCCAGGUCUAUCGACUACUGAAGGGACAACCCCAGAUCUAACAACAACUGAGUCGCCAGCCCCAGACACAACUACGGAUAGUGAAACUACGCCGGAUCUGACGACUACUGAAGGAACAACCCCAGAUCUAACAACAACUGAGUCGCCAGCCCCAGACACAACUAAGGAUAGUGAAUCUACGCCGGAUAUGACGACUACUGAAGGAACAACCCCAGAUCUAUCAACAACUGAGUCGCCAGCCCCAGACACAACUACGGAUAGUGAAACUACGCCAGGUCUAUCGACUACUGAAGGGACAACCCCAGAUCUAACAACAACUGAGUCGCCAGCCCCAGACACAACUACGGAUAGUGAAACUACGCCGGAUCUGACGACUACUGAAGGGACAACCCCAGAUCUAACAACAACUGAGUCGUCAGCCCCUGAUACAACUACGGAUAGUGAAACUACGCCGGAUCUGACAACUACUGAAGGGACAACCCCAGAUCUUACAACAACUGAGUCGCCAGCCCCAGACACAACUACGGAUAGUGAAUCUACGCCGGAUCUGACGACUACUGAAGGGACAACCCCAGAUCUAUCAACAACUGAGUCGCAAGCCCCAGACACAACUACGGAUAGUGAAACUACGCCAGGUCUAUCGACUACUGAAGGGACAACCCCAGAUCUAACAUCAACUGAGUCGCCAGCCCCAGACACAACUACGGAUAGUGAAACUACGCCGGAUCUGACGACUACUGAAGGAACAACCCCAGAUCUAACAACAACUGAGUCGCCAGCCCCAGACACAACUAAGGAUAGUGAAUCUACGCCGGAUAUGACGACUACUGAAGGAACAACCCCAGAUCUAUCAACAACUGAGUCGCCAGCCCCAGACACAACUACGGAUAGUGAAACUACGCCAGGUCUAUCGACUACUGAAGGGACAACCCCAGAUCUAACAACAACUGAGUCGCCAGCCCCAGACACAACUACGGAUAGUGAAACUACGCCGGAUCUGACGACUACUGAAGGGACAACCCCAGAUCUAACAACAACUGAGUCGUCAGCCCCUGAUACAACUACGGAUAGUGAAACUACGCCGGAUCUGACAACUACUGAAGGGACAACCCCAGAUCUUACAACAACUGAGUCGCCAGCCCCAGACACAACUACGGAUAGUGAAUCUAUGCCGGAUCUGACGACCACUGAAGGGACAACCCCAGAUCUAUCAACAACUGAGUCGCAAGCCCCAGACACAACUACGGAUAGUGAAACUACGCCGGAUCUGACGACCACUGAAGGGACAACCCCAGAUCUUACAACAACUGAGUCAUCAGCCCCAGACACAACUACGGAUAGUGAAACUACGCCGGAUCUGACGACUACUGAAGGGACAACCCCAGAUCUAACAACAACUGAGUCGCCAGCCCCAGACACAACUACGGAUAGUGAAACUACGCCGGAUCUGACGACUACUGAAGGGACAACCCCAGAUCUAACAACAACUGAGUCGCCAGCCCCAGACACAACUACGGAUAGUGAAACUACGCCAGGUCUAUCGACUACUGAAGGGACAACCCCAGAUCUAACAACAACUGAGUCGCCAGCCCCAGACACAACUACGGAUAGUGAAACUACGCCGGAUCUGACGACUACUGAAGGAACAACCCCAGAUCUAACAACAACUGAGUCGCCAGCCCCAGACACAACUACGGAUAGUGAAACUACGCCGGAUCUGACGACUACUGAAGGAACAACCCCAGAUCUAUCAACAACUGAGUCGCCAGCCCCAGACACAACUACGGAUAGUGAAACUACGCCAGGUCUAUCGACUACUGAAGGGACAACCCCAGAUCUAACAACAACUGAGUCGCCAGCCCCAGACACAACUACGGAUAGUGAAACUACGCCGGAUCUGACGACUACUGAAGGGACAACCCCAGAUCUAACAACAACGGAGUCGCCAGCCCCGGACACAACUACGGAUAGUGAAACUACGCCAGGUCUAUCGACUACUGAAGGGACAACCCCAGAUCUAACAUCAACUGAGUCGCCAGCCCCAGACACAACUACGGAUAGUGAAACUACGCCGGAUCUGACGACUACUGAAGGAACAACCCCAGAUCUAUCAACAACUGAGUCGCAAGCCCCAGACACAACUACGGAUAGUGAAACUACGCCGGAUCUGACGACCACUGAAGGGACAACCCCAGAUCUUACAACAACUGAGUCAUCAGCCCCAGAUACAACUACGGAUAGUGAAACUACGCCGGAUCUGACGACUACUGAAGGGACAACCCCAGAUCUAACAACAACUGAGUCGCCAGCCCCGGACACAACUACGGAUAGUGAAACUACGCCGGAUCUGACGACUACUGAAGGAACAACCCCAGAUCUAUCAACAACUGAGUCGCAAGCCCCAGACACAACUACGGAUAGUGAAACUACGCCGGAUCUGACGACCACUGAAGGGACAACCCCAGAUCUUACAACAACUGAGUCAUCAGCCCCAGAUACAACUACGGAUAGUGAAACUACGCCGGAUCUGACGACUACUGAAGGGACAACCCCAGAUCUAACAACAACUGAGUCGCCAGCCCCGGACACAACUACGGAUAGUGAAACUACGCCAGGUCUAUCGACUACUGAAGGGACAACCCCAGAUCUAACAUCAACUGAGUCGCCAGCCCCAGACACAACUACGGAUAGUGAAACUACGCCGGAUCUGACGACUACUGAAGGAACAACCCCAGAUCUAUCAACAACUGAGUCGCAAGCCCCAGACACAACUACGGAUAGUGAAACUACGCCGGAUCUGACGACCACUGAAGGGACAACCCCAGAUCUUUUAACAACUGAGUCAUCAGCCCCAGAUACAACUACGGAUAGUGAAACUACGCCGGAUCUGACGACUACUGAAGGGACAACCCCAGAUCUAACAACAACUGAGUCGCCAGCCCCGGACACAACUACGGAUAGUGAAACUACGCCAGGUCUAUCGACUACUGAAGGGACAACCCCAGAUCUAACAUCAACUGAGUCGCCAGCCCCGGACACAACUACGGAUAGUGAAACUACGCCAGGUCUAUCGACUACUGAAGGGACAACCCCAGAUCUAACAUCAACUGAGUCGCCAGCCCCAGACACAACUACGGAUAGUGAAACUACGCCAGGUCUAUCGACUACUGAAGGGACAACCCCAGAUCUAACAACAACUGAGUCGCCAGCCCCAGACACAACUACGGAUAGUGAAACUACGCCGGAUCUGACGACUACUGAAGGGACAACCCCAGAUCUAACAACAACUGAGUCGUCAGCCCCUGAUACAACUACGGAUAGUGAAACUACGCCGGAUCUGACAACUACUGAAGGGACAACCCCAGAUCUUACAACAACUGAGUCGCCAGCCCCAGACACAACUACGGAUAGUGAAUCUAUGCCGGAUCUGACGACCACUGAAGGGACAACCCCAGAUCUAUCAACAACUGAGUCGCAAGCCCCAGACACAACUACGGAUAGUGAAACUACGCCAGGUCUAUCGACUACUGAAGGGACAACCCCAGAUCUAACAACAACUGAGUCGCCAGCCCCAGACACAACUACGGAUAGUGAAACUACGCCGGAUCUGACGACUACUGAAGGGACAACCCCAGAUCUAACAACAACGGAGUCGCCAGCCCCGGACACAACUACGGAUAGUGAAACUACGCCAGGUCUAUCGACUACUGAAGGGACAACCCCAGAUCUAACAUCAACUGAGUCGCCAGCCCCAGACACAACUACGGAUAGUGAAACUACGCCGGAUCUGACGACUACUGAAGGGACAACCCCAGAUCUUACAACAACUGAGUCAUCAGCCCCAGACACAACUACGGAUAGUGAAACUACGCCGGAUCUGACGACUACUGAAGGGACAACCCCAGAUCUAACAACAACUGAGUCGCCAGCCCCAGACACAACUACGGAUAGUGAAACUACGCCGGAUCUGACGACUACUGAAGGGACAACCCCAGAUCUAACAACAACUGAGUCGCCAGCCCCAGACACAACUACGGAUAGUGAAACUACGCCAGGUCUAUCGACUACUGAAGGGACAACCCCAGAUCUAACAACAACUGAGUCGCCAGCCCCAGACACAACUACGGAUAGUGAAACUACGCCGGAUCUGACGACUACUGAAGGAACAACCCCAGAUCUAACAACAACUGAGUCGCCAGCCCCAGACACAACUAAGGAUAGUGAAUCUACGCCGGAUAUGACGACUACUGAAGGAACAACCCCAGAUCUAUCAACAACUGAGUCGCCAGCCCCAGACACAACUACGGAUAGUGAAACUACGCCAGGUCUAUCGACUACUGAAGGGACAACCCCAGAUCUAACAACAACUGAGUCGCCAGCCCCAGACACAACUACGGAUAGUGAAACUACGCCGGAUCUGACGACUACUGAAGGGACAACCCCAGAUCUAACAACAACGGAGUCGCCAGCCCCGGACACAACUACGGAUAGUGAAACUACGCCAGGUCUAUCGACUACUGAAGGGACAACCCCAGAUCUAACAUCAACUGAGUCGCCAGCCCCAGACACAACUACGGAUAGUGAAACUACGCCGGAUCUGACGACUACUGAAGGGACAACCCCAGAUUUAACAACGACCGCAGCAGAUACUACAACGGAUGGUGGCGCUACGGCGGACCUUAUAAAUACCCAAUCAACUCAACCAGAUACAACAACAAACAAAGAUUUCACUGCAUCUACGACUGAUAUACCUACAACAAUAGAUACAUCAUCACCAUCAACUCCACCUCCUAUUUGUCCUCCAGACGUGUUCGGGAAUGUACCUCAUCCUAUUUACUGUGAUAGGUACUACAGUUGCUUUGGAGGCUCCGCGUUUUUAAUACGUUGCUCUGAUGGUUUUGAAUACGAUCACGCUGCUCAAGGAUGUGUGCGAAUUUCUGAAGAUGGAUGUUUCGCUACGAGAUACAACACCACUACAACUGAAAAUAAAAACACCGAAUCAGCGACAGACGACAAAAACGUAGAGACAACAACAGACGACAGAAAUAUCGAGGCCACGACAGAUGAUCGAAACAUGGAGACAACAACAGACGACAGAAAUACAGAUACGACUCAAGAUGUGGGAGACGCUAUUUGUCCACCUGACUUUUCAGGGAAAAUACCGCAUCCAGAUAGUUGUGGUUCCUACUAUCUGUGCGUCCGGGGUGAAGAAUUUUUAAGAAAUUGCGCCAACGGCUUCGAAUAUGAUCCUAAAGAAACGGAAUGCCUUCCCAUAUCCGAAGACGGUUGCUACGCACAACGGCAGAACAUUACAACCACAACAGAGAACAACGAUGAUACAGAAAUUUCUACAUACAAAAAUGAUGACAAACAAAUUUGUCCACCGUCCUACUCUGGGAACAUUGCCCAUCCAGUUCUUUGCGACGCCUAUUACUCCUGUUUUGGUGGAAUGGCGUUCUUGAUCAAUUGCUCGAGCGGAUUCGAAUAUGACCCCGAAGUGAAGGACUGCGUUGCGAUUUCCAACACAGGUUGUUUUGCGACUAGAUUCAACGUAACAACGACAGAGAACAACAGAGACAUAGAUUCGUCAACGAGUAAAGGCUAUCAACCCAUCUGUCCACCAGACUUCUCUGGAAAUAAGCCGCAUCCAACCGAAUGCGCUUCGUAUUACAGUUGCUUUGGUGGUAUUGCUUUCUUGAUGCAUUGUUCGGAUGGCUUUGAAUACGAUCCACAGCUUUCGAACUGUGUGAAAAUUUCACCCGAAGGCUGUUUUGCUAAACGCGAAGCAUCAAGGCAUUCAACCGAAAAAUCAAACGCAGUUACAAAAGAUAACGAUGAACCAACAGAACCCUCGGAUUUGGAGACAUCAGGUAUUUGUAAGCCAGGUCAAUUUGGACAUAUACCACAUCCUUAUCUCUGUGACUCUUUCUACCUGUGUGCUGCGGGAAAUCCCAUGUUAUUACAUUGUAGUAACGGCUUUGAGUUCGACCCACAAAUGGGGCAAUGUGUUGAAAUAAGCAAGGAUGGCUGUACUGCAAUGAAAUCCAAAACGCCAGAGCCGGAUUCAGAAGAACCGAUUUGUUCGCCAACUCAAGCUGGUAACAUUCCACAUCCAGUGCGCUGCGACGCGUACUAUUUGUGCUUGGCGGGGAAUGCUAUAGAAUUGUUCUGUAGUGAAGGUUUUGAAUACGACUCUGUUGCCAGUCAAUGCGUCCCCAUAUCUGGCAACGGGUGUACAGCAAGGAAAUAA